AUGACUAAUUACAUGGAUCCUGAAGAAGAUCAAGAAAUUAUUGAUUCUAUUCUUAAUGGUACUUUUUAGUUAAUAGAAUUGCAGCUCUUGAAAGUGAUGAAGAUAGAUCCUUCUCACCUUCAAUCGCAAGAUCUGAAACGAACAAGACUUAUUCUCCUUAAAUCAAAAGAUAGUAACACUAAAUACAGUAAACUACAUUUUGCUAAUUAGAUAUUCAUUAAAGAAGAUAUAAAGUCCAAUAAUUGGAUUUAAACUCGAUUGUUGGGCAAUACAACCAUUUUCAUUGGAUGAUGAUUCAUUCUUAGAUGGAGAUUUAGUAUUAAUUAACUAAAUAUAGAUUCUUAAAUGCAAAGAUCAAUUAAAUAGUCGAAAAAUUUAGAGCCUAUUUGAAAAAGGAGAUGAUUAAUAGAAGCAAUAUAUUUUUUUUUAAAUAUUGCCUGGUUUAGUUUAAUUAGCUAAUGAUAUUUUUGGGAAUUAUGUUGUCCAAAGAUUUCUCGAGCAAGGCAGUUAAAUAUAAAGAGAUUUAAUAUUCGACCAAUUAUCUUAAUCUAUUUUGAUACUAAGUUACAAUACUUAUGGAUGCAGAGUGGCUCAGAAAUUAUUAGAAAUAUCUUACGAUACUGAUAAAUUUGUUUAGAUGUUUACUAUUCUAUAAUCUGAAAUACGAAAUCUUGUUAUCGAUAUAAAUGGAAAUCAUGUAAUUUAAAAGAUAGCUGAAUUGAUGAAAUCUUAGAAAAUUGAUUGGCUAAUUGAAGGAGUUUUGGGAUAGAUCUAAAAACUAUCAAAUGACUCACAUGGUUGCAGAUUGAUUUAACAAAUUUUAGAAUAGUCAGCAAUGCAUUAAGUAAAAUUUCGUUUCAUAUAAAAAAAUUAGUUAAAUAGUAUCUACAAAGAAUUAUUGGCUUUGCAAGAUGAAUUGUGCUUAUCUCAAUAUGGAAAUUAUAUCAUUUAGAUUUUACUUUAAAGGGGACCUUUUGAAGUAGUUUAGAAGAUUCAAUGCAGCAUUAUUAGGAAUUUAGAAAUAAUAAGUUGUGACAAGUUUGGAAGGUAAUUAUAAAUUGUUCAUAAUAGCAAUGUGGUUGAUAAAAGUGUAAACAUUUCUUCAUUUAUGAGGAAGGAGAUACUGAAGGUGUUCAUUAACAAUAUGAAUGUUUUCUAUAGGUUAUCAAACAAUUGUUAUGGAAAUUAUGUUAUAUAAAAUUUUUGUAAAUAGCUUGAUUAUAAUUAACUCAUAAAAAUAUAUCCAGAAGCUAGUUAACUUAAUACCCAAUUUGGCUAGCAUGUACUUUAAACUUUAUAAAAAUUGAAAAAUUGA